UUACUGUCAUUUCGUUUAACAGAUUCGGUUCGAUAUUUUCUGAUCGUCCGUCAUCAAAAUAAUAUUUUUCCUUUUAUUUUUAAAAUUUCCUUCACACACAUCACACAUUUCAAUAAAAUAAAAAAAAAGUGUAAAAUCAAAUUGAAAUAAUUAAAAAAAAAUCCAAUUUCCAUGGCACAAAUAUAAAUUUUCAUCUAAUAAAAAAAGAAAACAUACGAAUUUUACAGUAUCACAAAACACCAAUCAACAACCAACAAAAAAAAGUUUUAGUUUCGGCAAAAAAGAAAAGUUUCCUCCACCAACCAACAACCAAACCAAACUCUCAACUCCAACUAGAAUUGUGACAAAAGCAAACGCAUUUUUCAAUUUAUUUAAUAAACAACAAAAUUAUUAAUAAAUUCCAAUUGUUGUAAAUUAUAUCGAGUUUGUGAUAAAUUUUAUCAAAAAAUAUGUCAUCGAAUCUCCGGCAAAUCCCAUUGACUUGCAGCGGCCAUACCCGACCAGUUGUUCACUUGGAUUUCAGUGAUGUUUGCGAUAGUGGAUAUUUUUUAAUAUCUGCAUGUAAAGAUGGAAGCCCUAUGCUUCGGCAAGGCGAUACCGGCGAUUGGAUUGGUACAUUCGAGGGCCACAAAGGGGCCGUUUGGGGCGUAGCUUUAAAUAAGAGCGCCACCCUAGCCGCAUCUGGUGCAGCCGAUUUUACCGGAAAAGUAUGGAAUGCUGUAACUGGCGGCGAAAUUCAUAGUUUCCAACACAAACACAUUGUCAAGACGGUUGCAUUCGAUCAGACGUCCGAAAACAUUGUCACCGGCAGUAAUGAAAAACUAGUACGAGUUUUUAGUUUGCAAAGUCCCACCGCCGAUGCUGAAUUAUACACCGGUCAUACGGGUGCUGUUAAAAGAGCACUAUUCUGCCGUGACGACAAGUGCAUUAUCAGUGCGGCCGAAGAUAAGACUGUUAGAUUAUGGGAUCGCUUAACUGGCAACGAAGUUCAGCGUCUGAACUUUCCAAAUAAUCCCAAUAGUUUGGAAAUCUCGUCAGAUAAUCAUAUUCUAACAGUCACACAUGGUUCCAGCAUUAGUUUCUGGGAAGUUGAUACUCUUAAGAAAUUGAAGGAGAUCAAAAUGCCCACUAAUGUGGCAUCGGCCAGCUUGCAUCCGGACAAGCAUGUUUUUGUUUGUGGUGGCGAAGACUUUAAAAUGUACAAGUUUGAUUAUAUAACAGGAAAUGAAAUUGAAUCCUUCAAAGGACAUUUCGGGCCGGUGCACUCGGUAAAAUUCAGUCCUGAUGGCGAGUUGUAUGCAAGCGGUUCUGAGGAUGGUACAUUGAGAUUAUGGCAGACAACUGUUGGCAAGACAUACGGCCUCUGGAAGUGCACAGAACCUGGUGAAUUGAACAAUUCCUUGAAUUCACCCCGUGAAGUUCAUGCCAAUUAAUUUGGCAUUAACUCUAUUAUUCAAAUCUUCUUAAUUAAAAUAAUUUAAAUCAUGUAUAAUGUGCUGAUCGUGCAAAUGGCCACAAAGAGCUUCACUUUUUUUUCUCGAGACAACAUACAGAAUGGAAAACAAAAUCAUCAUCGUUUACAUUAAAUAUUAUUUUGUUUCAAUUUAUCAUUUUUCCAUAAAUAUUAUAUUUUUUUUUUUUUACAAAAAAAUCAAUUUUUUUUUUUAUUGUUUUGAUGUAUUUUUUCAAAUCAGUUAUAACUGC